AUGGAAGUGAUGGCAAAGACAGAUAGCAAUUCUCAACAUGUCGAGGGUGUCAGCCCAAGUGCCAUGGAGUCUGGCAAGGAGGCAUUCUAUGUCGAAGAUCGUGUUGCCCACCUCUCAGAGGAACAUCGCCAGUACCUACUGGCACGUCAUGGCACACUUGAUCUCGACCCGAUCCCUGAUAUGAACGAUGCGGAUCCGUAUAAUUGGCCUCGCUGGCGGAAAAACCUCAACCUCGGUCUCGUCGUCUUCCAUGCCAUGAUCGGUCUGUUUACCGCAUCGUCGAUUCAGUCCGCCUUUACCAAUAUCGCCGCCGAUUUGGAUGUCAGUUUGCAGCGUACCAGUUACCUUGUUUCACUGUUUAUUGCCGUCCUCGGUGGAGCACCCCUCUUCUGGCGACCCCUGUCCAAUAGAUUCGGUCGCCGUCCAAUCUUCUUGAUCUCGUUGUUCUGUGCUAUGAUUGGAAAUAUUGGCUGCGCGAAUAGUCCUUCAUACGCUACUAUGGGAUUAUGCAGAGCUAUCACAGCGUUCUUCAUCAGUCCGGCUGCUGCGAUCGGCAGUGCUGUCGUUGCAGAGACCUUCUUCAAGCGGGAUCGCGCUCGUUGCAUGGGUGUCUGGACCUUGUCUGUGACUCUGGGGGUGCCUUUAUCUCCCUUCCUGUUCGGAUUCUUGGCCUUGCGCGUGAAUUAUCGCUGGAUCUAUUAUGUGUUGACUAUUGUCAACGGUGUGCAGUUCAUCCUUUAUUUCCUACUCGGGUCCGAAUCGCUCUACCUGAGGGAAGAGGGAGCCCCGAAGCAGAUGACGAGCGAAAAGACCGGUCUACUCACUUUCCGCCGCAUCGAUCCUACUCCCCUUCGCUUCUGGGACUUUAUCCAGCCCUUGAGCUACUUCUCCAAGGCGCGCGUUCUUAUCCCUGCCGCGUCUUAUGCCAUGAUCUUCCUCUGGGGUAGCAUCAUGCUCACCAUUGAGAUCCCACAGAUCAUGCCUGAGAAGUUCGGCUUCAACACGCAGCAAGUUGGUUUGCAGUUCCUGGGAAUCAUUGUCGGGUCUGUGAUUGGCGAGCAGAUUGGUGGUCUUAUCUCGGAUCGCUGGAUGCUGCUGCGUCAGAAGAAAAUUGGUGAACGACCCCCGAAUGAGUACAGAUUAUGGUUGAGCUAUAUUGGUCACGCCUUGACUAUCUGUGGUGUUGUGGUAUUUGCUGUGCAGAUCGGCAAAAUUGAUAAAUGGAACAUUACGCCUAUCAUUGGUGCCGCUAUUGCGGCAGGUGGUAAUCAGAUUGUCACCACCAUCAACAUAACCUAUGCUGUUGACUGCUAUCGAUCUGAUGCGGCCAGUGUUGGAGUAUUUAUUACUUUUGUUCGACAGAUGUGGGGUUUCAUUGGUCCUUUCUGGUAA